AUGAAAGGCUUGGUCGACCUCGGGGGGACUCGAACCUACGACCUUGCGGACGUUAGAAAUGAAUUCCGAACAGUGUCACGUUAGAAUUCCGAACAGUGUCACGUGGUUAAGGAUGAAAACUUUAAAAAAUUCAUAUCUCCAACACGAAAAGUUAGCGCAGGUAUGCGACUAUGCGGGACCGAUUCCCAGUCCAUCAAAGAUUGUUUGAGCAAAUUUAUAGAGAAUUCCAAACCCUACGCAAAAAUGACCUUCCAUGUAAGAAAUGAAAUUGGCGGCUCACGUCUGUUUUGUAAUGUAAACGUUUGAAAACGCUUAGGGGCGCCAUUUCUCCACCUCUGGUUUAUACAAUAAAACCGUUGCUUCUCAAACUAUCAUUUGCUUCCUGGCUUUUUUUUCUCCUUAUUUCUUCAUGGCCCAAGACUUUUUUCUUCUCGAAAAUUGAAAUGUUAGUGGUGUACUAGACUAAAUGAGACCUUUGUAACAUCUCAAAUGUUUCAGGUUCUGUGGUUUUCACAAUCAAUCCGAGCGUUUCACUAUUGUGAAAUUGAGAGCAAGUCACCACCAAACGGAAAUGAUCGAUUCUUACAUGUCGGCACUCAAAAGAAAUCACGUUCCAACUGUAAAAGCAAGCUUCAUCGGCCACCAACUCUCGAGUUUGUUUCUUUUUCCUAUCAACUAAUAAUCCGCUUCCAAAAAUGGAGCCUUUGUCUCUGAACUGAAAAAGGCCAGAAAUUUUCGCCACUCCAUUACGUCCAUGGAAAUUCGAUCUACACACCAGAAAACGUUAUUUACUGGAAAAAAAAGGAGUCGAGGACCACAUCAGAAAACUUUGGAAACUAUUUUCAGAAGUGAAACCUUCAAAAACGCAGGCCUCAGAUGAAAUUUUCUCGCGGCUGAAGAAUGACCUGCCGCUCUUGAGGCUCAUUCUGUACAUGUAUUACCAUGAUUAUCUAUUUUUCGGGUUCAUUUUACCGUCUGAAAAUGGAUAAAUUCAUCUAAAUGUAGCUGAGAUAAAUUUCGAAAAAAAAAAUUGAUUGUGAAACAUGCGCGGAAUUGUGAAUAAAGCUUGAAAACGAAAUAAAAAGAAAACAAUUUUGCAACAAAGCCUGCCUUUGAGGUCUCUAGAGUUUCUCCUUGGGUGUUCAUCUCCAUCAUCGUCUCCAGAACGCCGUUUAAAUUCCCACAACUUUCUGAACAAUUUUUUGUUUACGUCCGACUAGUUCCCUGAGGAUAGAUGCAGUGUAACCGCCAAAACAAGGGUGUUUGAAAAAUGAAAAACAGCAUUUGAGUCGUCGCAACGGCGAGUCCACAGUCGUCGUCGCGACGCCUUCUGAAGAGUCGCGGAUAAGUCGAUUAGGCCGAGUGCCAGAGGGGAAAAAUGUCCUCGAAUUACGUUGA